AUGGAUGCCAGUAAUCUUGCCACGUGUGACUUCGGGUGCUUCCACAUUGGGCUCGGGCUUAGUGGCGAGCUCGACCGCGCGCGCGGCCACGCCAGCCUCGCUAUCAGCAAUCUCGUUGACGUCGUCGUUGGGCCGCGGAACUGCAGGAAAAGCCGGUCGCCCCUGAUGGAUCUCCUCGUUGCUGUCCGAAGGCCGAAUAGAGCGCGGGCGAUCGUCUUGUACAAAUCCGUGUCACGCAUCGCGGUCAUAAAGUUGGAUAGUCGAGUUGGUACUAAGGUGGUCAUGAAGUUGGUCAUCGAGGCCGGGAGGGCGGGGAUCUGCACCCUCAAUGGACUGGCGCUGCGCAAUCGGAACGGCAGCGGGGGGUUCUUGUCGAUCGAGUAG